AUGCUAAACUUAUUCAACCUACAGGAGCUUUGUGGUAUGGCCAAAAUAGCGCCCUUGGUCAGGCGAAUGUUCAACCCUAAGCAUGUCAAAUUCAUCCUUAUAGUCGUGGCUAUCAUAAAUGCUCUUUAUCUUGCAUCUUUGUACCUCGGAAAGGGACCGACUUUGCCUCGAUGGAGUUCUUCAAUUUUACGUUCCGGGAAGAUUUCUGGUGGUCAGUCGUCUCUGUCGCAGCAGGCGAUGCCAAUCACGUCUACUGUGGAAAACGGGGGCGAAAAUGACCAACUGACGAACGGGGAGAAGCAAAAUAAUGACAAAUCGACGACAUCGCCGAUGACGAAAAAACUUUAUGAUAUUCCUAAAAAACCGUAUGACGAGUUGACGGACGCAGAAAAGAUUCUUGAUCUUUUAAACCAGGUCACGCUUGAUAAACAAAAGUAUUGGCUAGCCCAUACCGAACUUACACAUAAUGAGCUCCAGAUCAGAGUGCACGAUUUUCUUCCUCAAAACUGGGUGGAUCGGCCCACGGUGUUCUAUGACCCGCGGUUCACGUUGGCGGUUUAUGUGAGCGAGAUCAAAAACCAGUAUCUCCGCAAAAACCCCGAGAACAAAAAGUUCAAAAUCCACGAAAUCGUGGUGCCUUUUGCAUGGUCCGACUGGGUCGAUCUCACAAUGCUCAAUGAGGAGCUCGUCAAGCCGGAAUCCAGCCGUAAGAACUGUGAGUAUAUGAAAGCCGUGCAUCAUAUUCCAGCCAAGGAUCCAAACUACUGUGUCAAUAAUGCCGAUUUGACCGAACAAGAUCUCGAAGAAAUGGCGCUUCCUUCGACCAAAUUUGUGCCUGGAUUUGUCGUGAAAAAGUCACCCACAAACAAGGCUUCCAACGAAAUCCGUAUGUGGGAAGGAAAGUCGCAUCUUUUGACGUAUGCCAAGAACCCAUUGGCCAUGAUAAUUUUGAGUAAAGACGGUGUUUAUGAGGCAAAGAUAGACACCAAGAAACGCAUUGUCGACUCUGAUCUUUUUGAAAACUAUUUGCGGGACAACGAGAUCACCUAUGAUGACCCCGAUACAAGCAUUAUUAUGGACCCAGUGAAGGAAUUUCUCGACUUGUCGAACAAAGUUUUACCCAAUCCUCUCGACCCAGAAGACGACGAAUACGGCAUGGUGGCUAAAAUCAAAGAAACAAACCCGGACGUUUCCAGGGAAUUGUAUCUUCCUGACACCGCUUUCGACUACCGCCAGGACAAGAUAGACAAGCAGAUUGCUGAAUACCAGGAACGGAUCGACAAACUUCAUGAUCUCACGAGAGACGAGCUUGCAUUCGACCAGCAUUCCAUCAAUCUUCUCCGACUCACCAGAAACGAAAAGUUAUACUUUGACGGGCUCAAGUAUGCCAAUCAGUUUCCCAUCGAAAAAGAACAGACGUAUUUCCGUAUGGCUCGGCUUAUUUUCGAUGUGCCUGAGAACGACAAGGAUGCCGGGUGGCAUUACGAGUGGAGGUUUUUCAAUGGUGCGUUGAGAUACUUGAAAAAAGGGUGGAAUCAAGACGAGCUUUUGAUUCGUGAAAAGGUAUUAUUGGACAGAAUUUUGAGAAACUGGUUCCGAUUUGCAAAUGAAAAAGGAAUCAUUUCCUGGAUCGCCCAUGGGCCUCUUCUUUCAUGGUACUGGGAUGGACUUUUGUUCCCGUUUGACGAAGAUAUCGAUAUUCAAAUGCCAGCCGAAGAAUUGGCGCGGUUCUCCAAGCUUUAUAAUCAGACAUUAGUGAUUGAAGAAAUCACCGAAGGAUUCGGAAAAUACUUUAUUGACUGUUCCACAUUUAUCCAUCAUAGAGGAAAGUCGUACAAGGAAAACCACAUCGAUGCUCGAUUCAUAGACAUUGACACAGGCUCUUAUAUCGACAUCACUGGAUUAGGAGUUAGUGACGAGCCAGCACCCGAAAAGUAUAGCGAAAUGAUUGCGGAAUCGGAACGAGCUGGUGAAGUUAAAAAGGUUUACAAUUGUCGCAAUCUUCACUUUUCACUGUACAACGAGUUGCUGCCAUUACGAUUCACCAUGAUGGGAGGAGUUCCUCUUUACAUUCCAAACCGCAUUGAGGAGAUUCUUCGAGAUGAAUACUCACAAGGAAUGACAUCUUAUACCUACGAAGGGUUCUUUUUCGUUGAUGCGAUCAAUUUAUGGAUUCAUUAUCUGAAGCUCGAAUUUUUGUUCCCCGACCACAAAUACUACAAGGAAGAUGGCGCAUUGGAUACCGAGGUAUUCUCGCUGCUAGUACGUUCUAUGGGCGAUGCCCAUGUACUCAAGCUUUUACAAAAAGACGAAGAUAUUCUACUUGAAUAUUACCUUACGAAAGACGUUACAGAAUUACACCGAAAGGAACUCACGUAUCUUUUUGACAUGCCGCACGGAGAAAAGACGUUGAUGGGAGACGUUGGACAUCAACGGGCAGAGGACGAAGUCAGUAAUAAUGUUGAAUACCAUCGACUCACGUCACAAUUUAAGUUUCAAAAACCGUUUAGACGACCAUUAUUCAACUACGAGCACAUCGACAAGCCAGCACAUCACCGGGACUAA